CGCCAGCCAGCCAACCUGAAUCCGACGAAAACAGUUGUUGCCUUCUCGGUUUCGGCGCCAAUAAAUUUAUCGCCGCCCCCAAUAAGCACCAAUCGUACAUACAUACAGGCUGGCUUCCCUUCCCUUUUCUCUGAGAUUUAUCGCCCCUGAUCGCGACGACAAUGGCGACGGACCUGAAGACCUGCGUGGUCAUUGGAGGCAGGGGCUUCGUUGGCCGAUCGCUCGUCCUUCGGCUCCUGAAACUCGGGCACUGGAUCGUCAAAAUUGCCGAUUCAGAAGACUCUCUACAACUCGAUCCAUCCGAGAGGAACUCUCUCCUUGCUGAUGCCCUUUCGAAUGGCACUGCUUCCUACUUCCGUGUCGAUGUUCGCGAUAAACCUCAGAUCGUUACAGCUAUUGAAGGUUCUUCAGUCGUCUUUUAUGUGGAGUCUGCUACUUCGUCCGUGCAUGAUUUCUAUUCAUGCUACACCCUUAUUGUUCAAGGCACAAAGAAUAUCAUCAAUGGUUGUCGCGAAUGCAAAGUUAAACGCUUAAUAUACAACAGCACGGCAGAUGUCAUAUUUGAUGGUACACAUGAUGUGAUUAAUGGAGAUGAGUCUCUACCAUAUGCCUGGAAGUUCUAUGAUUUGUUGACUGACCUGAAGGCGCAAGCAGAGGCACUAAUCUUACUUGCUAAUGAUCUAGAUGGCCUCCUGACUUGUGCGAUUCGCCCUAGCAAUAUAUUUGGACCAGGAGAUACAACAAUUAUUCCAUUUCUGGUGAACCACGCAAAAACCGGCUGGGCAAAGUUCAUUAUAGGGAGUGGAGACAACAUGCAUGACUUCACCUUUGUUGAGAACGUUGCUCAUGCACUCAUCUGUGCCGAAGAAGCUCUAGAGUCCCACAUGGUUUCUGUGUCUGGAAAGGCAUUUUUCAUCACUAAUCUUGAUCCCAUAGAGUUCUGGGAAUUUGUAUCACUUGUUUUGGAAGGCCUGGGUUACCAAAGGCCUAUGAUAAAACUCCCAGCUUACUUGGUCCAACAUGUUGUUUCUCUAGCUAAAGCAAUACAGGACUCCACAAAUGCCAACCAAUCCAUAUGUGUACAUAGCAUUGUCUCAUUAGCGUUAUGCUCUAGAACCUUCAAGUGCUAUGCAGCUCAAAAUCAUCUUGGAUACUCACCUGUUGUCUCAUUGGAAGAUGGUAUCUCAUUGACCCUCAAGUCAUUGUCUCAUUUAUCUAGAGAUUCAGUAUCUGCAAGUGAAAGUGAGUUUGAUGAACAAUCAAAAGCGGAUAAGCUUUUAGGCAGUGGAAAAGUGGCAGAUAUUUUGCUGUGGAGAGACGAAAAGCAAACUUUUGCUUGCUUUCUAGUUGCCUUCCUGCUCUAUUAUUGGUUUUUCUUCUGUGGUAGAACCUUCAUCUCAUGUGCAGCUGAGACUCUUCUUCUUAUUUCAAUUGUCCUUUAUGGAACUAGGAUGCUGCCACCAAAUGGAUUUGGUUCCAGUACAGUAGAGAAGAUAUCUGCGUCUUCUUUUGAGAUCUCAAUAAUGAAUGUGAAGAAAGUAAUUGAAGCCUUUGCUCAUACAUGGAACAGAAUGGUUGUCAAUGCAAGAGUAUUGUAUGAAGGAGAGGAUUGGAAUCUUUUCUUCAAGGCGGCAUUGUUAUCAUAUAUAUUGAAGUUGAGCUUGUCUUCUUCCUUGCCGGCAGCAGUGGGUGCAGGGGUGGUCCUCCCAUUUAUGGUAUUCUUUAUAUACGAGCAAUAUGAAGUAGAAAUAGAUGGUAUUAGCAUGAUUCUAGUGGCAGUUGGCAAGCCAGGAAUUGGACUAUUGAUGAGUAAUCUACCCCCAACCAUGUCAGCAUUUCUUGGCCGCAGUUACUUUUCUGGGGGGAAGGACCAAUAAUAAUAACAUCCAUUUUUGGGAGGAGGCAGCUCCUAAUAUAUAGAUAAAUUGAUCUCACCGACCUUGAUCCAGUCUCUCUGUACAAAAAAGAGCAGCAGCAACUCAACUCAACAAUAGAGGAGGAGGAGGGGUAUGGAAUCCGGACUAUUAUAUGCUAUGCUUUAAUAGGUGGUGGAGGAGGAGUUAGUUGAACUAUAAGAUGUCAUUAUUAUAAUAGAACUUUUAUGUUAAAGAGGAGUUUUUUUUUUCUUUCCUUUUAUUUUUUUGGCUGCUGCAAAUAAAACCCCAUUUGUGGAACUUGCAAUAAGAUAAUAUCAAAUUUAGA